AUGGGAAAUGCUGAAUCAUCAGGACAGGAAGGUGAUGGAAUUCGUAAACAGCAAAAAGCAACUCCGAAACUUUAUCAUUAUGUUGAUAUGUACGGUGGUGGUGAAUUAAUUCCACAAAUGAAACAUGCCAAAACAACGGGUGAUUCGUCGAUCAUUGAUGAAUUUAUUGAGACAAAGCUAAAAGAUUUUAUGUACAAUUCCGGAAAAGGUAAAUUGGUAGCAGUAGCUGAAUUAGUGAAAAUUCGAAAUAAAGAACGGAAUGCAAUGCUUAGUGCAUUGAAGCGUAAAAAAGGUAAAGGUAAAAGUGGACCAAAUAUUCUCGAUGAAUUUCAACAAGAAGGUGAAAAUCAGGGUGAUUUUAAAAAAGCUCUUAAAUUACUCGAAGGACAUGAUAGACGUGGAAAAUCAGAAUGGAAAUAUCGUGAAGUAACGUGGAAAUUAGAGGAACGUGGUUUAAUGGGCGAAAAUCUUGUUGGUGUUUGUUUGUUACAGGGAACAGCUGUUCAUAAUCAGCUUGCUAUGAAAUUAAUUAAAGCAUAUCCAAAACUUGUCAAUGAUAUAUUCAUUAGUGAAGAUUAUUAUGGCCUUUCACCUUUACAUCUAGCAAUUAUAAAUGAAGAUCCUGCUAUGGUACUGUUUUUACUACGACAUGGUGCUAAUAUUAAUCAACGUUGCUACGGAGCAUUUUUUUGUCCAAUUGAUCAAAAAAGCAGUCGUACCGAUUCAUUAGAACAUGAAUAUGUUGAUCUUGGUUUAAAAACCACUUAUAACGGUCAAAUGUAUUUCGGAGAAUAUCCAUUGUCAUUUGCUGCAUGCAUCAAUCAGAGUGAUUGUUAUCGUAUUUUAAUUGCAAAACAUGCUGAUCCGAAUCAUAAAGAUACUAAUGGUAAUACAGUACUACAUCUGGCUGUGAUUCAUGAACUACCGGAAAUGUUAAAACUCUGUUACGAUACGGGUGCUAAAUUGCAAAUGAUGAAUAAUCAAAAUUUGACACCAUUAACAUUGGCAGCUCAUUUGGCAAAAAAAGAGAUAAGUGAUAGAAUGUUUGAACAAAUUUUGAAAUUAGAGGCAGAUGUAAUCUGGAUGUAUGGUGAUGUAAGUAGUUAUGCUUAUCCACUUGCAAAACUUGAUACCAUUAAUCAGGAAACCGGUGAACUUAAUGAAGAUAGUGCUCUAUCAUUAAUCGUUUAUGGGGAAUCGACGAAACAUUUACAACUUCUUGAUGGUUUAUUGGGUGAUCUCUUACAAGUAAAAUGGGAAUCAUUCGGACGAACACGGCUUGCAAUAUCAUUUGGUUGCUACUUGUUCUUUUACAUUUGCACCUUUGCGGCAUUUAUGUGUCGACCAUUUACGACAUCUUUUUGGGCUUUUGCUGCGAAAUAUUUGAAUCAAACGGAUACGUUCGACGAUGAUUCAUUAUCAUUUAAUAAAACUGCUAAUGCGGAAACAAUAACAAAUUUAAUUGCAGUGAUAAAAGCAAAUCAAACACAGGUCGAAAAAUUAGGUCAAUUAUUAUCUAAUGAUUAUUCAUGCCAUUAUUGGUGGUAUUUUGGACAUGGAUGGCAACAACAUCUUCGUUUAGUAGCUGAAAUUGCAGUACUUUUGAUGACAAUAUUUCAAAUUGUUGAUGAUGCAAUGGAUAUUCAUAGUAGUGGACGAAAACGAUGGUGGCGAAUGUUGAAAUCAUUCCCAGCAAAGGUCGCAUAUAAGAUAUCAUUCAUAUUAAUUCUACUGAUAAUACCAUUUCGUUUGAUGUGUUCAUUGACAUCAACAAUGAUAAUGCUCUUUUUUGAUAAUGCACUCUCGUUGCUUGCUGUACUUCUUAUCAGUGUACACUUUUUAUUUUAUUCAAGAGCUGUAAAAUUUAUUGGACCAUUCGUCUUAAUGAUAUAUACGAUAUUAUCACGAGAUUUAAGUCGAUUUUUCCUUAUCUAUGCUAUUUUUUUAAUUGGCUUUUCUCAGUCAUUUUAUAUUAUUUUUAUGUCAUGUAAUAAUCAAAGAGCUAAAUAUCAAAAUGUUACUGUAUCAAAUCAAACUGACGAUAUUUUGAAUCAUCCAAUGGAAGCUGUCAUGAGAAUAUUUAUCAUGACAAUCGGUGAAUUUAUGGUUUUUUAUCGUAAAAUGGUCGUAUUAUGUGAUAAAACAAUGAUGAUGUAUAUUGGCAAGAUAAUGUUUGUUAUCUACGAAUUAUUUGUAAGCGUUAUGCAACUUAAUUUAUUGAUCGCAAUGAUGGGUAGAACAUAUGAUUUAAUAUCCGGAACACAAACUGAAUGGAAACGACAGUGGGCACAAGUGAUUCUUAUGCUGGAAUUUUCAAUGAAUCCAAAAUCUCGUCUUAGUGCAUUACUCAAAUAUUCACGACCAAUUGGUAUUGAUAAACGUGAACGAGCAUUUGUUGUUGUACGAAAAACAACGCAAACAGCAUUAUCAAAAAAGGAGAAAUGCGAAAUAUAUGAACAACGUAUGCGAGAAAAGAGACGAGCAUUGUUGAAAAGACGAUUGAAAGCUUUAGGAACUGAAAGUUAUACUGAAACAAAAUGA